AUUUGUAAAUAAUUCUUGAUAUUCUUGUUCAGAUAAAGUAUAAUCGUACGUGUGAUUUCGCGAAAUUCAGUCAGCACCAAUGCAUUCUAUACUAUAUUGAUCCAGUAGCCGGUUAGUUGAAAAGAGGCAGCUGUCAUUGGAUUAAACCUUUCAUCAACAUUGUAAGCAUACCACAUGUCUUAUUUAUGUUGUUUUAACCUUUAGUAGCUUGGUAAGUUUCCAUGAAGAACGUGUAACACGAUCAUAUUUUUUUUGUUUUUUAAAUCAGUCUACUGCGGUGUAACAGCUGUAUUUCAAUGUACUAGACUGCGAGUAGAUCCCUAUUUUUCCAGUACAAUGUUGUAGAGUAACUAGCUCAUCAUUCACCCCUCUAGCUUAAAAUGUUGAUCUAAAAACUGGCGUAGCUAUUGUGAAACACUAUAAAUAAAGAUUUCGUUUUCUAUUAAAAGAGUUAUUACAAGGAUAACGCGUUUUGUUGUUAACAUAUUCUUAAGGUUAUCUUAACCGUAACUUUUCCACCACCUAUGUAUAAACUGGGAUAAAGCGGUAGCCAUAACAACUUUGGAAUGUACACAAAUUGACCUAAAGCCCUAAAGCUGAUUUAUACAGCAAAAACAUUUCGAUAUCCCUUGGUUUUGAUUGAAAACAGCGUUGCGGGGUUGUGACUAACUUUAUUUCCCACUGUUAACAUCUUUCAGUAUCCUAAAGAGGAGUCCAACUGUGUUGAACUGUACUGGAGAAAGUAAUUCAGAUCCUGGUCGCCGUUUAUAAUGGCAGUAAUGCUAUUAUCGUUUACAUUGGCUUGUGUGUUAUUUUAUUGUUCUGUGGGUAAGUGAUACACCUGAACUUGCACUUCGACUGAAUACAAAAUAAUCUCUAAGAUAUUAACAUUGAAAAAGAAAAUCAAUCGUCGAUAGUUUGUAGUUUAUUAUGCUUUAAAUGAUAUCGAUAAUUUGAUUUUGCCAAUUGAAGGUAGCAAUCUUAACUUCUUGUUUAGUUAGGAUUCAGACCUGUACAUAAAAUACGUUUUUCCCAGUUAAUAGAGCAAUUAAUUUAUUACUUUCAACUAGUUAAACAUAGGCACGUUAAUCGUGCAUGAGCUAUUUUGAAUGCUUCAGUGUAACUUUAAUGCUUCAGUGUAACCUUACCAAGAGUGAUGAAUCUACCUUUUUCGUCCUAAAUGUAGACUGGGUUUUUGUGCGAAAUUCUGUAUUGCCGUAUAUAACUGAAAACGCGAAACGCUCAGAUGCGUCGAUCCUCAUGCUAUAUAUUCACUUUCCCCUGCCUUUCCCUGUUACAUUUGGUGCAAGUUAAACAGAUUAUUAAAGUAAAAUAAAUAUCUACUCAGCAAACGUUGAUUAGAAGGAAAACUCUAAGGUUUCCUCGGAGUUUCUAAAGCCAAAAUGUCACUCAUCGAAUUCGAGUAAUUAAGAACUACCAGGAUUCUUAUCAUUGUGGUAGAUGGUUGCAUCAUCACAAUUCACGAAACAGUCCUUAACUCCAACAACUUAUUUCUCCAAGUUUUAAAAGCUAUUGCUUCUUAAAAGACAAGAGCAUCGUUUAAGGCAUUGGUUACAAAACGAAACAGGUCUUCAUACGUUGAAGUUACUAUUAUUAUUGUGAAAAGCCAAUCUGCAUGAGAUGUACAGUCACACAACUGGCACGUGAAAGUGUUGGACUUUGCCCCCUUUCGUUGUUCGUACGUGAGGGAAUUCGAGUUAUCACACGGUAAUCUAGUAAACAGAAUUAUAGAAAUAACUCAUGCACACAAUUUGCACGUGGAGAUGUUGGUCUUUGGCCCUUUUACAAUUCGUACGUAAAAAAGCGCAAAUUGUUUCGUACAAAAUUUUCUCGACGAUUUUAAGAAAUCACCACGGCUUCAUUACAACAUCUGCAAUUAAAUUAUGUUUCAUGCGAUGUCAAGGUUGAUAGCCUAACAUUUAUUAACUUCCAAGAAAAAUUAUCAAACUGCCGAAAUAUAUUUCUGCUCAUCAUGUUACUCCACUCAAUAAAACAGUAUCUAAUUAUUGUGUCAACUAGCUUCUUCCAAUUGUAUUCCCUUACGCUAUUGUUUCUACUUAAGUUACUCAUCUUAACUAAAUAAAAUACUUUUCAAUAACUACAAUGCUUAGUAUACAGGAAGGAUGUAUCAUGUUGUUCACUUAUUAUUAUUUUUUUGUUUUGCCGGAACGAAAAAAACAAGUCUGUUGAACUUUGUUAGCGAGAGAAUAAUACUUUUAAAGCUUGUUUACAGAAUUAACAAUAUUCGGUACAGCUUUUAAAAAAAAUAAGCUGCCUUUCAAACUUGUAAAACCACAUUUUAUAGGCCGCAUACUUUCAAAUUAAAGUCCAUAUCUAAAUAUCGAUUCUUGCUUCACUGGAAGAGCUUUGAAAAUAUAUGAUCUUUUAUACUCUACCUUAAAGCAGGUGAAACACAACUCAUAAAUACGUGCGUUGUACCGUUCGCGAUAGCCGAAUCGGUCACAAAAGUCUUGAAGCAGCAUCCACACUCAAAUAUGAACCCUUAAACAGCUGCAUCACUGUUCACAGCGUUUGAAUCAUGAAGAUAUUUUAUGUAAUGCUUCCAAACACCUGUACCCGUAAUAAAAGACGAAAAAAUUGUGAAGGAUCAAGAUGGCGGUCUCAAAGUGCCCUUGUUCGACCUUUACCAAUGCCAUGUUUAAAUAGAUGCCAAGAUCUCAUUGGUUCCUAAGCAUCAACUCAUAGUACCUUCAACCUUAUUGGCUCUUGCAACAAAUAUCCCAACAUAAAAAGCCCCAAAGAUACAUACGCUCAAACCACUGACAUAUAAGCUGUUUUUUCAAAAUAGCUAAAAAAGUUGGAAUAAUGUCAAUUUUUUGACUUUUUAAACAUCUUGCUUUUAUAGCCUAGAAAGGCUCUUUUACGUUCUAGAAUAUCGUAAAAGACAUUUUCCUGGCCUAUAUUACCUUAAAAAUAAAAAGUUGGAAAAUUGGCCAUUUAUAGACCAAAACCAUGGGUUAAAAUGUCAAUUUUUCGACUUUUUGAACUUCUUGUUUUUAUAGCCUAGAAAGGCGUUUUUUCGUUCUACAAUAUCAUAAAAGACAUUUUCGUGGCCCUUAUUGCCUAAAAAAAAAAAACUUGAAAAAAUGGCCAUUUUUGGACCAAAACCAUGGGUUAACCCCUUUGGAAAAAAUGUCAAUUUUUGGACUUUUUGAACUUCUUGUUUUAAUAGCCUAGAAAGGCGUUUUUUCGUUCUAAAAUAUCGUAAAAGACAUUUUCCUGGGCUAUAUUGCCUAAAAAAAAAAGUUGGAAAAAUGGCCAUUUUUUCGACUUUUUGAAGUUCAUGUUUUUAUAGCCUAGAAAAGCGUUUUUUCGUUCUAGAAUAUCAUAAAAGACAUUUUUCUGGCCCUUUUUGCCUAAAAAAAAAAUAUUGAAAAAAUGGCCACUUUUAGACAAAAACCAUGAGUUAACCCCUCUGGAAAAAUGUCAAUGUUUGGACUUUUUGGACUUCUUGUUUUUAUAGCCUAGAAAGGCGUUUUUUCGUUCUAAAAUAUCAUAAAAGACAUUUUCCAGGCCUAAAUUGCCUAAAAAAAAGAAGUUGGAAAAAUAGCCAUUUUUCGACCAAAACCAUGGGUUAACUCCUUUGGAAAAAUGUCAAUUUUUCGACUUUUUGAACUUUAUGUUGGAAAAAUGGCCAUUUUUGGACCAAAACCAUGGGUUAACCCCUUUGGAAAAAUGUCAAUUUUUCGACUUUGUAAACUUCUUGUUUUUAUAGCCUAGAAAAGCGUUUUUUCGUUCUAAAAUAUCAUAAAAGACAUUUUCCUGGCGUAUAUUGCCUAAAAAAAAUAAGGUGGACAAAUAACCAUUUUUGGACCAAAAAGCAUGGGUUAACCCAUUUGGAAAAAUGUCAAUUUUUCGACUUUUUGAACUUCUUGUUUUUAUUUCCUAGAAAGGCGUUUUUUCGUUCUAGAAUAUCAUAAAAGACAUUUUCCUGGGCUACAUUGCCUAGCAAAAAAAAGUUGGAAAAAAGGCCAUUUUUGAACCAAAACCAUGGGGUAACCCCUUAGGAAAAAUGGCAAUUUUUCGACUUUUUAACUUCUUGUCUUUAUAGCCUAGAAAAGCGUUUUUUCGUUCUAGAAUAUAUUAAAAGACAUUUUCCUGGAAUAUAUUGCCUUAAAAAAAAAAGCUGGAAAAAUGGCCAUUUUUCGACCAAAACCAUGGGUUAACCCCUCUGAAAAAAUGUCAAUUUUUCGACAUUUUCAAGUUAAUGUUUUUAUAGCCUAAAAAGUCGUUUUUUCGUUCUAGAAUAUCAUAAAACACAUUUUCCUGGCGUAUAUUGCCAAGCAAGGCGAUUUUUCGUUCUAGAAUGUCGUAAGAGAAAUUUUUCCUGGCCUAUAUUGCCUAAAAAAAAAAAGCUGGAAAAAGGGCCAUUUUAAUACCAAAAUCACGGGUUAACCCCUUUGGAAAAAUAUCAACUUUUCGACUUUUUGAACUUUAUGUUUUUAUAGCCUAGAAAAGCGAUUUUUCGUUGUAGAAUAUCAUAAAAGUCAUUUUCCUGGGCUAAACUGCCUAGAAAAAAAAAGUCGGAAAAGUGGCCAUUUUUGAACCAAAACCAUGGGUUAACCCCUUUGGAAAAAUGGCAAUUUUUCGACUUUUUUAACUUCUUGUCUUUAUAGGCUAAAAAAGCGUUUUUUCGUUCUAGAAUAUAUUAAAAGACAUUUUCCUCGCCUAUAUUGCCUAAAAAAAAGAGUUGGAAAAAUGGCCAUUUUUUGACCAAAACCAUGGGUUAACUCCUUUGGAAAAAUGGCAACUUUUCGACUUUUUGAACUUCUUGUUUUUAUAGCCUAGACAGGCGUUUUUUCGCUGUAGAAUAUCAUAAAAGACAUUUUCCUGGCCUAUAUUGCCUAAAAAAAAAAUUGAAAUAAUGGCCAUUUUUGAAAAAAAACCAUGGGUUAACCUUUUUGGAAAAAUGUCAAUUUUUCGACUUUUUGAACUUGUUGUUUUUAUAGCCUAGAAAAGCGUUUUUUCGUUCUAGAAUAUCAUAAAAAACAUUUUCCUGGCCUAUAUUGCCCCCCCCCAAAAAGUUGGAAAAAUGGCCAUUUUUGGACCAAAACCACGGGUUAACCCCUUUGGAAAAAUGUCAAUUUUUUGACUUUUUGAACGUCAUGUUUUUAUAGCCUAGCAAGGCGAUUUUUCGUUCUAGAAUAUCAUAAGAGACAUUUUCCUGGCCUAUAUUGCCUAAAAAAAAAAGUUGGAAAAAGGGCCAUUUUUAUACCAAAAUCACGGGUUAACCCCUUUGAAAAAAUAUCAAUUUUUUGACUUUUUGAACUUUAUGUUUUUAUAGCCUAGAAAGGCGUUUAUUUCAUUCUAGAAUAUCAUGAAAGACAUUUUCCUGGCUUAUAUUGCCUAAAAAAAAAAGUUGGAAAAAUGGCUAUUUUUGGACCAAAACAAUGGGUUAACCCCUUUCAAAAAAUGUCAAUUUUUCGGCUUUUUGAACUUCUUGUUUUUAUAGGCUAGAAAGGCGUUUUUUGUUUUAGAAUAUCAUCAUAAAAGAAAUUUUCCUGGCCUAUAUUGCCUAAAAAAAAAACUUGAAAAAAUGGCCAUUUUUGGACCAAAACCAUGGGUUAACCCAUUUGGAAAAAUGUCAAUUUUUCGACUUUUUGAACUUCUGGUUUUUAUAGGCUAGAAAGGCGUUUUUUUGUUUUAGAACAUCAUCAUAAAAGAAAUUUUCCUGGCCUAUAUUGCCUAAAACAAAAGUUUGAAAAAUGGCCAUUUUUGGACCAAAACCAUGGGUUAACCUAUUUGGAAAAAUGUCAGUUUUUCGACUUUUUAAACUUCUUGUUUUUACCCGCUAGAAAGACGUUUUUUCGGUCUAGAAUAUCAUAAAAGACAUUUUCCUGGCCUAUAUUGCCUACAAAGAAAAAGAUGGAAAAAUGGCCAUUUUUCGACCAAAACCAUGGGUUAACCCCUCUGAAAAAAUGGCAACUUUUCGACUUUUUGAACUUUAUGUUUUUAUAGCCUAGAAAAGCGAUUUUUCGUUCUAGAAUAUCAUAAAAGACAUUUUCCUGGGCUAAACUGCCUAGAAAAAAAAAGUUGGAAAAAUGGCCUUUUUGAACCAAAACCAUGGGUUAACCCCUUUGGAAAAAUGGCAAUUUUUCGACUUUUUUAACUUCUUCUCUUUAUAGACUAGAAAAGCGUUUUUUCGUUCUAGAAUAUAUUAAAAGACAAUUUCCUGGCCUAUCUUGCCUAAAACAAAAACUUGAAAAAAUGGCCCUUUUUGGACAAAUCCAUGGAAAAAUGUCAAUUUUUCGACUUUUUGAACUUCUUGUUUUUAUAGCCUAGAAAGGCCUUUUUUCGUUCUAGAAUAUCAUAAAAGACAUUUUCCCUGCCUAUAUUGCCUUAAAAAAAAAAGUUGGAAAAAUGGCCAUUUUUCGACCAAAACAAUGGGUUAAGCCCUCUGAAAAAAUGUCAAUUUUUCAACUUUUUGAACUUUAUGUUUUUAUAUCCUAGAAAGUCGUUUUUUCGUUCUAGAAUAUCAUUUAAGACAUUUUCCUGGCCUAUAUUGCCUAACAAAAAAAAAUUGGGAAAAAUGGCCAUUUUUGUACCUAAACAAUGGGUUAACCCUUUUGCAAAAAUGUCAAUGUUUCGACUUUUUGAAGUUCUUGUUUUUAUAGCCUAGAAAGGCGUUUUUCCGUUGAAGAAUAUCAUAAAAGACAUUUUCCUGGCGUACAUUGCCGAAAAAAAAAAAGUUGGAAAAAUGGCAAUUUUUUGACCAAAACCAUGGAUUAACCCCUUUGGGAAAAUGUCCAUUUUCGACUUUUUGAACUUGAUGUUAAUAUAGCCUAGAAAGGCGUUUUUUCGUUCUAGAAUAUCAUAACAGACAUUUUCCUGGCCUAUAUUGCCUAAAAAAAAAAGUUGGAAAAAUGGCCAUUUUUGGACCAAAAUCAUGGGUUAACCCCUUUGAAAAAAUGUCAAUUUUUCGACUUUUUGAACUUCUUGUUUUUAUAGCCUAGAAGGCGUUUUUUCGUUCUAGAAUAUCAUAAAAGACAUUUUCCUGGCCUAUAUUGCCUAAAAAAAAAACCAGAAAAAAAAGCCAUUUUUGGAAAAAAAACCAUGGGUUAACUUUUUUGGAAAAACGUCAAUUUUUAGACUUUUUGAAAUUCUUGUUUUUAUAGCCUAGAAAGGCGUUUUUUCGUUCUAGAAUAUCAUAAAAAACAUUUUCCUGGCCUAUAUUGCCCCCCCCCAAAAAAGUUGGAAAAAUGGCCAUUUUUGGACCAAAACCACGGGUUAACCCCUUUGGAAAAAUGUCAAUUUUUUGACUUGUUGAACGUCAUGUUUUUAUAGCCUAGCAAGGCGAUUUUUCGUUCUAGAAUAUCAUAAGAGACAUUUUCCUGGCCUAUAUUGCCUAAAAACAAAAAGUUGGAAAAAUGGCCAUUUUUAUACCAAAAUCACGGGUUAGCCCCUUUGAAAAAAUAUCAAUUUUUUGACUUUUUGAACUUUAUGUUUUUAUAGCCUAGAAAGGCGUUUAUUUCAUUCUAGAAUAUCAUGAAAGACAUUUUCCUGGCUUAUAUUGCCUAAAAAAAAAAGUUGGAAAAAUGGCUAUUUUUGGACCAAAACAAUGGGUUAACCCCUUUCAAAAAAUGUCAAUUUUUCGGCUUUUUGAACUUCUUGUUUUUAUAGGCUAGAAAGGCGUUUUUUUGUUUUAGAAUAUCAUCAUAAAAGAAAUUUUCCUGGCCUAUAUUGCCUAAAAAAAAAACUUGAAAAAAUGGCCAUUUUUGGACCAAAACCAUGGGUUAACCCAUUUGGAAAAAUGUCAAUUUUUCGACUUUUUGAACUUCUGGUUUUUAUAGGCUAGAAAGGCGUUUUUUUGUUUUAGAACAUCAUCAUAAAAGAAAUUUUCCUGGCCUAUAUUGCCUAAAACAAAAGUUUGAAAAAUGGCCAUUUUUGGACCAAAACCAUGGGUUAACCUAUUUGGAAAAAUGUCAGUUUUUCGACUUUUUAAACUUCUUGUUUUUACCCGCUAGAAAGACGUUUUUUCGGUCUAGAAUAUCAUAAAAGACAUUUUCCUGGCCUAUAUUGCCUACAAAGAAAAAGAUGGAAAAAUGGCCAUUUUUCGACCAAAACCAUGGGUUAACCCCUCUGAAAAAAUGGCAACUUUUCGACUUUUUGAACUUUAUGUUUUUAUAGCCUAGAAAAGCGAUUUUUCGUUCUAGAAUAUCAUAAAAGACAUUUUCCUGGGCUAAACUGCCUAGAAAAAAAAAGUUGGAAAAAUGGCCUUUAUGAACCAAAACCAUGGGUUAACCCCUUUGGAAAAAUGGCAAUUUUUCGACUUUUUUAACUUCUUCUCUUUAUAGACUAGAAAAGCGUUUUUUCGUUCUAGAAUAUAUUAAAAGACAAUUUCCUGGCCUAUAUUGCCUAAAAAAAAAACUUGAAAAAAUGGCCCUUUUUGGACAAAUCCAUGGGUUAACCUCUUUGGAAAAAUGUCAAUUUUUCGACUUUUUGAACUUCUUGUUUUUAUAGCCUAGAAAGGCCUUUUUUCGUUCUAGAAUAUCAUAAAAGACAUUUUCCCUGCCUAUAUUGCCUUAAAAAAAAAAGUUGGAAAAAUGGCCAUUUUUCGACCAAAACAAUGGGUUAAGCCCUCUGAAAAAAUGUCAAUUUUUCAACUUUUUGAACUUUAUGUUUUUAUAUCCUAGAAAGUCGUUUUUUCGUUCUAGAAUAUCAUUUAAGACAUUUUCCUGGCCUAUAUUGCCUAACAAAAAAAAAUUGGGAAAAAUGGCCAUUUUUGUACCUAAACAAUGGGUUAACCCUUUUGCAAAAAUGUCAAUGUUUCGACUUUUUGAAGUUCUUGUUUUUAUAGCCUAGAAAGGCGUUUUUUCGUUGAAGAAUAUCAUAAAAGACAUUUUCCUGGCGUACAUUGCCGAAAAAAAAAAAGUUGGAAAAAUGGCAAUUUUUUGACCAAAACCAUGGAUUAACCCCUUUGGGAAAAUGUCCAUUUUCGACUUUUUGAACUUGAUGUUAAUAUAGCCUAGAAAGGCGUUUUUUCGUUCUAGAAUAUCAUAAGAGACAUUUUCCUGGCCUAUAUUGCCUAAAAAAAAAAGUUGGAAAAAUGGCCAUUUUUGGACCAAAAUCAUGGGUUAACCCCUUUGAAAAAAUGUCAAUUUUUCGACUUUUUGAACUUCUUGUUUUUAUAGCCUAAAAGGCGUUUUUUCGUUCUAGAAUAUCAUAAAAGACAUUUUUCUGGCCUAUAUUGCCUAAAAAAAAAACCAGAAAAAAAAGCCAUUUUUGGAAAAAAAACCAUGGGUUAACUUUUUUGGAAAAACGUCAAUUUUUAGACUUUUUGAAAUUCUUGUUUUUAUAGCGUAGAAAGGCGUUUUUUCGUUGUAGAAUAUCAAAAAAGACAUUUUCCUGGCGGAUAUUGACUAAAAAAGAAAACUUGGAAAAAUGGCCAUUUUUCGACCAAAACCAUGGGUUAGCACCUUUCAAAAAACGUCAAGUUUUCGACUGUUUGAACUUUAUGUUUUUAUAGCCUAAAAAGGCGAUUUUUCCUUGUGGAAUAUUAUAAAAGACAUUUUCCUGGCCUAUAUUGCCUAAAAACAAAAAGUUGGAAAAAUGGCCAAUUUUAUACCAAAAUCUCUUGUUAACCCCUUUGGAAAAAAGUCAAUUUUUUGACUUUUUGAACUUUAUGUUUUUAUAGCCUAGCAAUGCGAUUUUUCGUUCUAGAAUAUCAAAAGAGAGAUUUUCCUGGCCUAUAUUGCCUAAAAAAAAAAGUUGGAAAAAUGGCCCUUUUUUGACGAAAGCCAUGGGUUAACCCAUUUGGAAAAAUGCCAAUUUUUCGACUUUUUAAACUUCUUGUUUUUAUAACCUAGAAAGGCGUUUUCUCGUUAUAGAAAAUCAUAAAAGACAUUUUCCUGGCCUAUAUUGCGUAAAAAAAAAAGGUUGGAAAAAUGGCCAUUUUUGGACCUAAACCAUGGGUUAACCCUUUCGCAAAAAGUUCAAUUUUUCGACUUUUUGAAGUUCUUGUUUUUAUAGCCUCUAAAACCGUUUUUGCGUUCUAGAAUAUCAUAAAAGAUAUUUUCCUGGGCUAUAUUGCCUAAAAAAGAAAAGUUGGAAAAAUGGCCAUUUUUGGACUAAAACCAUGGGUUAACACCUUUAGAAAAAUGUCAAUUUUUCGACUUUUUGAACUUCUUUUUUUUAUAGGCUAGAAAGGCGUUUUUUCGUUCUAGAAUAUCAUAAAAGACAUUUUCCUGGCCUACAUUGCCUAAAAAAAAAAAGUUGCAAAAAUGGCCAUUUUUCGACCAAAAACAAGGGUUGAGCCCUCUGAAAAAAUGUCAAUUUUUCGAGUUUUUGAUCGUUAUGUUUUUAUAGCCUUGAAAGUCGUUUUUUCGGUCUAGAAUAUCAUAAAAGAGAUUUUCCUGGUCUAUAUUGCCUAAAAAAAAAGUUGGAAAAAUGGCCAUUUUUGGACCAAAAUCAUGGGUUAACCCCUUUGGAAAAAUGUCAACUUUUCGACUUUUUGAAGUUCUUGUUUUUAUAGGCCAGAAAGGCGUUUUUUCGUUGUAGAAUAUCAUAAAAGACAUUUUCCUGGCGUAUAUUGCCUAAAAAAAAAACUACAAAGAAAGGCCAUUUUUGGACAAAAACCAUGGGUUAACCUUUUUGGAAAAAUGUUCAUUCCUGGAAUUUUGAAAUUCUUGUUUUUAUAGCCUAGAAAGGCGUUUUCUCGUUAUAGAAUAUCAUAAAACACAUUUUCCUGGCCUAUAUUACGUAAAAAAAAAAGGUUGGAAAAAUGGCCAUUUUUGGACCUAAACCAUGGGUUAACCCUUUCGCAAAAAUGUCAAUUUUUCGACUUUUUGAACUUCUUGUUUUUAUAGCCUCUAAAACCGUUUUUGCGUUCUAAAAUAUCAUAAAAGAUAUUUUCCUGGGCUAUAUUGCCUAAAAAAAAAAGUCUGAAAAACGGCCAUUUUUGGACUAAAACCAUGGGUUAACACCUUUAGAAAAAUGUCAAUUUUUCGACUUUUUGAACUUCUUUUUUUUAUAGGCUAGAAAGGCGUUUUUUCGUUCUAGAAUAUCAUAAAAGACAUUUUCCUGGCCUACAUUGCCUAAAAAAAAAAAGUUGGAAAAAUAGCCAUUUUUCGACCAAAACCAUGGGUUGAGCCCUCUGAAAAAAUGUCAAUUUUUCGAGUUUUUGAACUUUAUGUUUUUAUAGCCUAGAAAGUCGUUUUUUCGUUCUAGAAUAUCAUAAAAGACAUUUUCCUGGUCUAUAUUGCCUAAAAAAAAAAGUUGGAAAAAUGGCCAUUUUGGACCAAAAUCAUGGGUUAACCCCUUUGGAAAAAUGUCAACUUUUCGACUUUUUGAAGUUCUUGUUUUUAUAGGCCAGAAAGGCGUUUUUUCGUUGUAGAAUAUCAUAAAAGACAUUUUCCUGGCCUAUAUUGCCUAAAAAAAAAACUACAAAGAAAGGCCAUUUUUGGACAAAAACCAUGGGUUAACCUUUUUGGAAAAAUGUUCAUUCCUGGAGUUUUUGAAAUUCUUGUUUUUAUAGCCUAGAAAGGCGUUUUUUCGUGGUAAAAUAUCAUAAAAGACAUUUUCCUGGCCUAUAUUGCCUAAAAAAAAAACUAGAAAGAAAGGCCAUUUUUGGACAAAAACCAUGGGUUAACCUUUUUGGAAAAAAGUUCAUUCCUGGAGUUUUUGAAAUUCUUGUUUCUGUAGCCUAGAAAGGCGUUUUUUCGUUGUAGAAUAUCAUAAAAGACAUUUUCCCGGCCUAUAUUGCCUAAAAAAAAAAAGUUGGAAAAAUGGCCAUUUCUCGAAAAAGACCAUGGGUUAACUCCUUUGGAAAAACGUCCAGUUUCGACUUAUUGGACUUUAUGCUUUUAUAGCCUAGAAAAAGGAUUUUUCGUUGUAGAAUAUCAUAUAAGACAUUUUCCUGGUCUAUAUUGCCGAAAAAAAAAAGUGGAAAAAUGGCCAUUUUUUGACCAAAACCAUGGGUUAACCCCUUUGGAAAAAUGUCAAUUUUUCGACUUUUUGAACUUCUUGUUUUUAUAGCCUAGAAAGGCGUUUUCUCGUUGUAGAAUAUCAAAAAAGACAUUUUCCUGGCGUAUAUUGCCUAAAAAAAAAAAGUUGGAAAAAUGGCCAUUUUUCGACCAAAACCAUGGGUUAGCCCCUUUCGAAAAAUCUCAAUUUUUCGACUGUUUGAACUUUAUGUUUUUAUAGCCUAGAAAGGCUAUUUUUCGUUCUACAAUAUCACAAAAGACAUUUUCCUGGCCUAUAUUUCCUAAAAAAAGAGGUUGAAAAAUGGCCAUUUUUCAUACCAAAACGAUGGGUUAACCCCUUUGGAAAAAUUACAAUUUUGUUUUUAUAGCCUAGAAAAGCGUUUUUUCGUUCUAGAAUAUCAUAAAAGACAUUUUCCUGGCCUGUAUUGCCCCCCCCCCAAAAAAGUUGCAAAAAUGGCCAUUAUUCGACCAAAACCAUGGACAAAUGUCAAUUUUGGACUUUUUGAAUUUUAUGUUUUUAUAACCUAGAGAGGCGAGUUUUCGUUGUAGAAUACCAUAAAAUACAUUUUCCUGUCCUAUAUUGCCUAAAAAAAAAAGGUUGAAAAAAUGGCCAUUUUUGGACCUAAACCAUGGUUAACCCUAUUGCAAAAAUGUCAAUUUUUCGACUUUUUGAACUUCUUGUUUUUAUAGCCUAGAGAAGCGUUUUUGCGUUCUAGAAUAUCAUAAAAGACAUUUUCCUGGGCUACAUUGCCUUAAAAUAAAAAGUUGGAAAAAUGGCCAUUUUUGGACCAAAACCAUGGGUUAACUUUUUUGGAAAAACGUCAAUUUUUAGACUUUUUGAAAUUCUUGUUUUUAUAGCCUAGAAAGGCGUUUUUUCGUUGUAGAAUAUCAAAAAAGACAUUUUCCUGGCGGAUAUUGACUAAAAAAGAAAACUUGGAAAAAUGGCCAUUUUUCGACCAAAACCAUGGGUUAGCACCUUUGAAAAAAUGUCAAUUUUUCGACUGUUUGAACUUUAUGUUUUUAUAGCCUAAAAAGGCGAUUUUUCCUUGUGGAAUAUUAUAAAAGACAUUUUCCUGGCCUAUAUUGCCUAAAAAAAAAGUUGGCAAAAUGGCCAUUUUUAUACCAAAAUCUCUUGUUAACCCCUUUGGAAAAAAGUCAAUUUUUUGACUUUUUGAACUUUAUGUUUUUAUAGCCUAGCAAGGCGAUUUUUCGUUCUAGAAUAUCAAAAGAGACAUUUUCCUGGCGUAUAUUGCCAAAAAAAAAAAGUUGGAAAAAUGGCCAUUUUUCGACCAAAACCAUGGGUUAGCCCCUUUGGAAAAAUUACAAUUUUUCGACUUUUUAAACUUGUUUUUUUUAUAGCCUAGAAAAGCGUUUUUUCGUUCUAGAAUAUCAUAAAAGACAUUUUCCUGGCCUGUAUUGCCUAAAAAAAAAAGGUUGGAAAAAUGGCCAUUUUCGGACCUAAACCAUACUUAACCCUGUUGCAAGAAUGUAAAUUUUUCGACUUUUUGAACCUCUUGUUUUUAUAGCCUAGACAAGCGUUUUUGCGUUCUAGAAUAUCAUUUAAGACAUUUUCCUGGCCUAUAUUGCCUAACAAAAAAAAAUUGGGAAAAAUGGCCAUUUUUGUACCUAAACAAUGGGUUAACCCUUUUGCAAAAAUGUCAAUGUUUCGACUUUUUGAAGUUCUUGUUUUUAUAGCCUAGAAAGGCGUUUUUUCGUUGAAGAAUAUCAUAAAAGACAUUUUCCUGGCGUACAUUGCCGAAAAAAAAAAAAAGUUGGAAAAAUGGCAAUUUUUGACCAAAACCAUGGAUUAACCCCUUUGGGAAAAUGUCCAUUUUCGACUUUUUGAACUUGAUGUUUUAUAGCCUAGAAAGGCGUUUUUUUCGUUCUAGAAUAUCAUAAGAGACAUUUUCCUGGCCUAUAUUGCCUAAAAAAAAAGUUGGAAAAAUGGCCAUUUUGGACCAAAAUCAUGGGUUAACCCCUUUGAAAAAAUGUCAAUUUUUCGACUUUUUUAACUUCUUGUUUUUAUAGCCUAAAAGGCGUUUUGUCGUUCUAGAAUAUCAUAAAAGACAUUUUUCUGGCCUAUAUUGCCUAAAAAAAAAACCAGAAAAAAAAGCCAUUUUUGGAAAAAAAACCAUGGGUUAACUUUUUUGGAAAAACGUCAAUUUUUAGACUUUUUGAAAUUCUUGUUUUUAUAGCGUAGAAAGGCGUUUUUUCGUUGUAGAAUAUCAAAAAAGACAUUUUCCUGGCGGAUAUUGACUAAAAAAGAAAACUUGGAAAAAUGGCCAUUUUUCGACCAAAACCAUGGGUUAGCACCUUUCAAAAAACGUCAAGUUUUCGACUGUUUGAACUUUAUGUUUUUAUAGCCUAAAAAGGCGAUUUUUCCUUGUGGAAUAUUAUAAAAGACAUUUUCCUGGCCUAUAUUGCCUAAAAACAAAAAGUUGGAAAAAUGGCCAAUUUUAUACCAAAAUCUCUUGUUAACCCCUUUGGAAAAAAGUCAAUUUUUUGACUUUUUGAACUUUAUGUUUUUAUAGCCUAGCAAUGCGUUUUUUUCGUUCUAGAAUAUCAAAAGAGAUUUUCCUGGCCUAUAUUGCCUAAAAAAAAAAGUUGGAAAAAUGGCCCUUUUUUGACGAAAGCCAUGGGUUAACCCAUUUGGAAAAAUGCCAAUUUUUCGACUUUUUAAACUUCUUGUUUUUAUAACCUAGAAAGGCGUUUUCUCGUUAUAGAAAAUCAUAAAAGACAUUUUCCUGGCCUAUAUUGCGUAAAAAAAAAAGGUUGGAAAAAUGGCCAUUUUUGGACCUAAACCAUGGGUUAACCCUUUCGCAAAAAGUUCAAUUUUUCGACUUUUUGAAGUUCUUGUUUUUAUAGCCUCUAAAACCGUUUUUGCGUUCUAGAAUAUCAUAAAAGAUAUUUUCCUGGGCUAUAUUGCCUAAAAAAGAAAAGUUGGAAAAAUGGCCAUUUUUGGACUAAAACCAUGGGUUAACACCUUUAGAAAAAUGUCAAUUUUUCGACUUUUUGAACUUCUUUUUUUUAUAGGCUAGAAAGGCGUUUUUUCGUUCUAGAAUAUCAUAAAAGACAUUUUCCUGGCCUACAUUGCCUAAAAAAAAAAAAAAAAAGUUGCAAAAAUGGCCAUUUUUCGACCAAAAACAAGGGUUGAGCCCUCUGAAAAAUGUCAAUUUUUCGAGUUUUUGAUCGUUAUGUUUUUAUAGCCUUGAAAGUCGUUUUUCGGUCUAGAAUAUCAUAAAAGAGAUUUUCCUGGUCUAUAUUGCUAAAAAAAAGUUGGAAAAAUGGCCAUUUUUGGACCAAAAUCAUGGGUUAACCCCUUUGGAAAAAUGUCAAUUUUUCGACUUUUUGAAGUUCUUGUUUUUAUAGGCCAGAAAGGCAUGUUUUCGUUGUAGAAUGUCACAAAGGACAUUUUGCUGGCGUAAAUUGCUAAAAAAAAAAAACAAAAAAAGGCCAUUUUUGGAGAAAAACCAUGGGUUAACCUUUUUGGAAAAAUGUUCAUUCCUGGAAUUUUGAAAUUCUUGUUUUUAUAGCCUAGAAAGGCGUUUUCUCGUUAUAGAAUAUCAUAAAACACAUUUUCCUGGCCUAUAUUACGUAAAAAAAAAAGGUUGGAAAAAUGGCCAUUUUUGGACCUAAACCAUGGGUUAACCCUUUCGCAAAAAUGUCAAUUUUUCGACUUUUUGAACUUCUUGUUUUUAUAGCCUCUAAAACCGUUUUUGCGUUCUAAAAUAUCAUAAAAGAUAUUUUCCUGGGCUAUAUUAAAAAAAAAAAAAAAGUCUGAAAAACGGCCAUUUUUGGACUAAAACCAUGGGUUAACCCCUUUAGAAAAAUGUCAAUUUUUCGACUUUUUGAACUUCUUUUUUUUAUAGGCUAGAAAGGCGUUUUUUCGUUCUAGAAUAUCAUAAAAGACAUUUUCCUGGCCUACAUUGCCUAAAAAAAAAAAGUUGGAAAAAUAGCCAUUUUUCGACCAAAACCAUGGGUUGAGCCCUCUGAAAAAAUGUCAAUUUUUCGAGUUUUUGAACUUUAUGUUUUUAUAGCCUAGAAAGUCGUUUUUUCGUUCUAGAAUAUCAUAAAAGACAUUUUCCUGGUCUAUAUUGCUAAAAAAAAAAAAGUUGGAAAAAUGGCCAUUUUUGGACCAAAAUCAUGGGUUAACCCUUUGGAAAAAUGUCAAUUUUUUCGACUUUUUGAAGUUCUUGUUUUUAUAGGCCAGAAAGGCGUUUUUUCGUUGUAGAAUAUCAUAAAAGACAUUUUCCUGGCCUAUAUUGCCUAAAAAAAAAACUACAAAGAAAGGCCAUUUUUGGACAAAAACCAUGGGUUAACCUUUUUGGAAAAAUGUUCAUUCCUGGAGUUUUUGAAAUUCUUGUUUUUAUAGCCUAGAAAGGCGUUUUUUCGUGGUAAAAUAUCAUAAAAGACAUUUUCCUGGCCUGUAUUGCCUAAAAAAAAAAGGUUGGAAAAAUGGCCAUUUUCGGACCUAAACCAUACUUAACCCUGUUGCAAGAAUGUAAAUUUUUCGACUUUUUGAACCUCUUGUUUUUAUAGCCUAGACAAGCGUUUUUGCGUUCUAGAAUAUCAUUUAAGACAUUUUCCUGGCCUAUAUUGCCUAACAAAAAAAAAUUGGGAAAAAUGGCCAUUUUUUGUACCUAAACAAUGGGUUAACCCUUUUGCAAAAAAUGUCAAUGUUUCGACUUUUUGAAGUUCUUGUUUUUAUAGCCUAGAAAGGCGUUUUUCGUUGAAGAAUAUCAUAAAAGACAUUUUCCUGGCGUACAUUGCUGAAAAAAAAAAAAAAAAAAGUUGGAAAAAUGGCAUUUUUUGACCAAAACCAUGGAUUAACCCCUUUGGGAAAAUGUCCAUUUUCGACUUUUUUGAACUUGAUGUUAAUAUAGCCUAGAAAGGCGUUUUUUCGUUCUAGAAUAUCAUAAAAGACAUUUUCCUGGCCUAUAUUGCGUCAAAAAAAAAAAAAGUUGGAAAAAUGGCCAUUUUUGGAUCAAAACUAUGGGUUAACCCCGGUGAAAAAAUGUCAAUUUUCCGAAUUUUUAAACUUCUUGUUUUUAUAGCCUAAAAGGCGUUUUUUCGUUCUAGAAUAUCAUAAAAGACAUUUUUCUGGCCUAUAUUGCCUAAAAAAAAAACCAGAAAAAAAAGCCAUUUUUGGAAAAAAAACCAUGGGUUAACUUUUUUGGAAAAACGUCAAUUUUUAGACUUUUUGAAAUUCUUGUUUUUAUAGCGUAGAAAGGCGUUUUUUCGUUGUAGAAUAUCAAAAAAGACAUUUUCCUGGCGGAUAUUGACUAAAAAAGAAAACUUGGAAAAAUGGCCAUUUUUCGACCAAAACCAUGGGUUAGCACCUUUGAAAAAAUGUCAAUUUUUCGACUGUUUGAACUUUAUGUUUUUAUAGCCUAAAAAGGCGAUUUUUCCUUGUGGAAUAUUAUAAAAGACAUUUUCCUGGCCUAUAUUGCCUAAAAAAAAAAGUUGGAAAAAUGGCCAUUUUUCGACCAAAACCAUGGGUGAGCCCCUUUGGAAAAGUGGCAAUUUUUUGACCGUUUGAACUUUAUGUUUUUAUAGCCUAAAAAGGCGUUUUUUUUGUUCUAGAAUAUGAUAAAACACAUUUUCGCGGCCUAUAUUGCCCAAAAAAAAACUUGGAAAAAUGGCCAUUUUCGGACCUAAACCAUGGGUUAACUCUUUUGGAAAAAUGUCAAUUUUUCGACUGUUUGAAUUUCUUGUUUUUAUAGCCUAGAAAAGCGUUUUUGCGUUCUAGAAUAUCAUAAAAGACAUUUUCCUGGGCUAUAUUGCCUAAAAAAAAAAGUCUGAAAAACGGCCAUUUUUGGACUAAAACCAUGGGUUAACACCUUUAGAAAAAUGUCAAUUUUUCGACUUUUUGAACUUCUUUUUUUUAUAGGCUAGAAAGGCGUUUUUUCGUUCUAGAAUAUCAUAAAAGACAUUUUCCUGGCCUACAUUGCCUAAAAAAAAAAAGUUGGAAAAAUAGCCAUUUUUCGACCAAAACCAUGGGUUGAGCCCUCUGAAAAAAUGUCAAUUUUUCGAGUUUUUGAACUUUAUGUUUUUAUAGCCUAGAAAGUCGUUUUUUCGUUCUAGAAUAUCAUAAAAGACAUUUUCCUGGUCUAUAUUGCCUAAAAAAAAAAGUUGGAAAAAUGGCCAUUUUUGGACCAAAAUCAUGGGUUAACCCCUUUGGAAAAAUGUCAACUUUUCGACUUUUUGAAGUUCUUGUUUUUAUAGGCCAGAAAGGCGUUUUUUCGUUGUAGAAUAUCAUAAAAGACAUUUUCCUGGCCUAUAUUGCCUAAAAAAAAAACUACAAAGAAAGGCCAUUUUUGGACAAAAACCAUGGGUUAACCUUUUUGGAAAAAUGUUCAUUCCUGGAGUUUUUGAAAUUCUUGUUUUUAUAGCCUAGAAAGGCGUUUUUUCGUGGUAAAAUAUCAUAAAAGACAUUUUCCUGGCCUAUAUUGCCUAAAAAAAAAACUAGAAAAAAGGCCAUUUUGGACAAAAACCAUGGGUUAACCUUUUUGGAAAAAAGUUCAUUCCUGGAGUUUUGAAAUUUUUGUUUUUGUAGCCUAGAAAGGCGUUUUUUCGUUGUAGAAUAUCAUAAAAGACAUUUUCCCGGCCUAUAUUGCCUAAAAAAAAAAAAAGUUGGAAAAAUGGCCAUUUUUCGAAAAAGACCAUGGGUUAACUCCUUUGGAAAAACGUCCAAUUUUUCGACUUAUUGGACUUUAUGUUUUUUAUAGCCUAGAAAAAGGAUUUUUUUUCGUUCUAGAAUAUCAUAAAAGACAUUUUCCUGGGCUAUAUUGCCUAAAAAAAAAAAGUUGGAAAAAUGGCAAUUUUUGAACAAAACCAUGGGUUAACCCCUUUGGAAAAAUGUCAAUUUUUCGACUUUUUGAACUUCUUGUUUUUAUAGCCUAGAAAGGCGUUUUUUCGUUCUAGAAUAUCAUAAAAGACAUUUUCCUGGCCUAUACUGCCAAAAACAAAAAGUUGGAAAAAUGGCCAUUUUUCGACCAAAACCAUGGGUUAACUCCUUUGGAAUAAUGUCAAUUUUUUGACCGUUUAAACUUUAUGUUUUUAUAGCCUAGAAAGGCGUUUUUUCGUUCUAGAAUAUGAUAAAACACAUUUUCGUGGCCUAUGUUGCCUUAAAAAAAAACUUGGAAAAAUGGCCAUUUUCGGACCUAAACCAUGGGUUAACUCUUUUGGAAAAAUUACAAUUUUGUUUUUAUAGCCUAGAAAAGCGUUUUUUCGUUCUAGAAUAUCAUAAAAAAAAGACAUUUUCCUGGCCUAUAUUGCCCCUAAAAAAAAAGUUGCAAAAAUGGCCAUUAUUCGACCAAAACCAUGGACAAAUGUCAAUUUUGGACUUUUUGAAUUUUAUGUUUUUAUAACCUAGAGAGGCGUUUUUUCGUUGUAGAAUACCAUAAAAUACAUUUUCCUGUCCUAUAUUGCCUAAAAAAAAAAGGUUGAAAAAAAAAUGGCCAUUUUGGACCUAAACCAUGGUUAACCCUAUUGCAAAAAUGUCAAUUUUUCGACUUUUUGAACUUUUGUUUUUAUAGCCUAGAGAAGCGUUUUUUGCGUUCUAGAAUAUCAUAAAAGACAUUUUCCUGGGCUACAUUGCCUUAAAAUAAAAAAAGUUGGAAAAAUGGCCAUUUUGGACCAAAACCAUGGGUUAACUUUUUUGGAAAAACGUCAAUUUUUAGACUUUUUGAAAUUCUUGUUUUUAUAGCCUAGAAAGGCGUUUUUUCGUUGUAGAAUAUCAAAAAAGACAUUUUCCUGGCGGAUAUUGACUAAAAAAGAAAACUUGGAAAAAUGGCCAUUUUUCGACCAAAACCAUGGGUUAGCACCUUUGAAAAAAUGUCAAUUUUUCGACUGUUUGAACUUUAUGUUUUUAUAGCCUAAAAAGGCGAUUUUUCCUUGUGGAAUAUUAUAAAAGACAUUUUCCUGGCCUAUAUUGCCUAAAAAAAAAGUUGGCAAAAUGGCCAUUUUUAUACCAAAAUCUCUUGUUAACCCCUUUGGAAAAAAGUCAAUUUUUUGACUUUUUGAACUUUAUGUUUUUAUAGCCUAGGAAGGCGAUUUUUCGUUCUAGAAUAUCAAAAGAGACAUUUUCCUGGCGUAUAUUGCCAAAAAAAAAAAGUUGGAAAAAUGGCCAUUUUUCGACCAAAACCAUGGGUUAGCCCCUUUGGAAAAAUUACAAUUUUUCGACUUUUUAAACUUGUUUUUUUUAUAGCCUAGAAAAGCGUUUUUUCGUUCUAGAAUAUCAUAAAAGACAUUUUCCUGGCCUGUAUUGCCUAAAAAAAAAAGGUUGGAAAAAUGGCCAUUUUCGGACCUAAACCAUACUUAACCCUGUUGCAAGAAUGUAAAUUUUUCGACUUUUUGAACCUCUUGUUUUUAUAGCCUAGACAAGCGUUUUUGCGUUCUAGAAUAUCAUAAAAGACAUUUUCCUGGCCUAUAUUAACCCCUCCCAAAAAAAGUUGGAAAAAUGGCCAUUAUUCGACCAAAACCAUGGAAAAAUGUCAAUUUUGGGUUUUUUCAAUUUUAUGUUUUUAUAGCCUAGAAAGGCGAUUUUUCGUUGUAGAAUACCAUAAAAUACAUUUUCCUGGCCUAUAUUGCCUAAAAAAAAGAGGUUGAAAAAUGGCCAUUUUUGGACCUAAACCAUGGUUAACCCUUUUGCAAAAAUGUCAAUUUUUCGACUGUUUGAAGUUCUUGUUUUUAUAGCCUAGAGAAGCGUUUUUGUGUUCUAGAAUAUCAUAAAAGACAUUUUCCUGGCCUAUACUGCCUUAGAAAAUAAAAGUUGGAAAAAUGGCCAUUUUUGGACCAAAACCAUGGGUUAACCCCUUUGGAAAAAUGUCCAUUUUGGACUUUUUGAACUUUAUGUUUUUAUAGCCUAGAAAGGCGAUUUUUCGUUGUAGAAUAUCAUAAAAGACAUUUUCCUGGUCUAUAUUGCCUAAAAAAAAAAGUAGGAAAAAUGGCCAUUUUUGGACCAAAAUCAUGGGUUAACCCCUUUGAAAAAAUGUGAAUUUUUCGACUUUUUGAACUUCUUGUUUUUAUAGCCUAGAAAGGCGUUUUUUCGUUCAAGAAUAUCAUAAAAGUUAUUUUCGUGGCCUAUAUUGCCUAAAAAAAAAAAUGAAAUGGCCAUUUUUGUACCAAAAUCACGGGUUAACCCUUUUGGAAAAAUGUCAAUUUUGCCACUUUUUGAACUUUAUGUUUUUAUAGCCUAGAAAAGCGUUUCUUUUUUUUUGUCUAGAAUAUCAUAAUAGACAUUUUCCUGGCCUAUGUUGCCUAAAAAAAAAAACUUGGAACAAUGUCCAUUUUUGACCCAAAACGAUGGGUUAACUGCUUUGGAAAAAUAUCAAUUUUUCGACUAUUUGAACUUGGAGUUUUUAUUGCCUAGAAAGGCGUUUUUUCGUUCUAGAACAUCACAAAAGACAUUUUCCUGGGCUACAUUGUCUAGAAAAAAAGUUGGAAAAAAUUGCCAUUUUUCAACCAAAACCAUGGAAAAAUAUCAAUUUUUCGACUUUUUUAACUUGUUGUUUUUAUAACCUAGAAGAGCGUUUUUUCGUUCUAGAAUAUCAUAAAAGACAUUUUCCUGGCCUAUAUUGCUCCCUCCCAAAAAAAGUUGGAAAAAUGGCCAUUAUUCGACCAAAACAAUUUAAAAAUGUCAAUUUUGGCUUUUUUCAAUUUUAUGUUUUUAUAGCCUAGAAAGGCGAUUUUUCGUUGUAGAAUACCAUAAAAUACAUUUUCCUGGCGUACAUUGCCGAAAAAAAAAAAGUUGGAAAAAUGGCAAUUUUUCGACCAAAACCAUGGAUUAACCCCUUUGGGAAAAUGUCCAUUUUCAACUUUUUGAACUUUAUGUUAAUAUAGCCUAGAAAGGCGUUUUUUCGUUCUAGAAUAUCAUAAGAGACAUUUUCCUGGCCUAUAUUGCCUAAAAAAAAAAAAGUUGGAAAAAUGGCCAUUUUUGGACCAAAAUCAUGGGUUAACCCCUUUGGAAAAAUGUCAAUUUUUCGACUUUUUGAACUUCUUGUUUUUAUAGCCUAGAAGGCGUUUUUUCGUUGUAGAAUAUCAUAAAAGACAUUUUCCUGGCCUAUAUUGCCUAAAAAAAAAACCUGAAAAAAAAGCCAUUUUUGGACAAAAACCAUGGGUUAACUUUUUUGGAAAAACGUGAAUUUUUAGACUUUUUGAAAUUCUUGUUUUUAUAGCCUAGAAAGGCGUUUUUUCGUUGUAGAAUAUCAAAAAAGACAUUUUCCUGGCGUAUAUUGACUAAAAAAGAAAACUUGGAAAAAUGGCCAUUUUUCGACCAAAACCAUGGGUUAGCACCUUUGAAAAAAUGUCAAUUUUUCGACUGUUUGAACUUUAUGUUUUUAUAGCCUAAAAAGGCGAUUUUUCCUUGUGGAAUAUUAUAAAAGACAUUUUCCUGGCCUAUAUUGCCUGAAAAAAAAAAAGCUGGAAAAAUGGCCAUUUUUAUAAUAAAAUCUCUUGUUAACCCCUUUGGAAAAAAGUCAAUUUUUUGACUUUUUGAACCUUAUGUUUUUAUAGCCUAGCAAGGCGAUUUUUCGUUAUAGAAUAUCAAAAGAGACGAUUUCCUGGCCUAUAUUGCCUAAAAAAAAAAAGUUGGAAAAAUGGCCCUUUUUUGACGAAAGCCAUGGGUUAACCCCUUUGGAAAAAUGCCAAUUUUUCGAUUUUUUAAACUUCUUGUUUUUAUAGCCUAGAAAGGCGUUUUCUCGUUGUAGAAUAUCAUAAAAGACAUUUUCGUGGCCUAUAUUGCGUAAAAAAAAAAGGUUGGAAAAAUGGCCAUUUUUGGACCUAAACCAUGGAAUAACCCUUUUGCAAAAAUGUCAAUUUUUCGACUUUUUGAAUUUUUUUUUUAUAGGCUAGAAAGGCGUUUUUUCGUUCUAGAAUAUCAUAAAAGAGAUUUUCCUGGCCUACAUUGCCUAAAAAAAAAAAUUGGAAAAAUGGCCAUUUUUCGACCAAAACCAUGGGUUGAGCCCUCUGAAAAAAUGUCAAUUUUUCGAGUUUUUGAACUUUAUGUUUUUAUAGCCUAGAAAGUCGUUUUUUCGUUCUAGAAUAUCAUAAAAGACAUUUUCCUGGUCUAUAUUGCCUAAGAAAAAAGUUGGAAAAAUGGCCAUUUUUGGACCAAAAUCAUGGGUUAACCCCUUUGGAAAAAUGUCAACUUUUCGACUUUUUGAAGUUCUUGUUUUUAUAGGCCAGAAAGGCGUUUUUUCGUUGUAGAAUAUCGUAAAAGACAUUUUCCUGGCCUAUGUUGCCUGAAAAAAAAAACUAGAAAGAAAGGCCAUUUUUGGAGAAAAACCAUGGGUUAACCUUUUUGGAAAAAUGUCCAUUCCGUGACUUUUUGAAAUUCUUGUUUUUGUAGCCUAGAAAGGCGUUUUUUCGUUGUAGAAUAUCAUAAAAGACAUUUUCCCGGCCUAUAUUGCCUAAAAAAAAAAGUUGGAAAAACGGCCAUUUCUCGAAAAAGAACAUGGGUUAACCUCUUUGGGAUAACGUCCAGUUUCGACUUAUUGAACUUUAUGCUUUUAUAGCCUAGAAAAUCGAUUUUUCGUUGUAGAAUAUCAUAUAAGACAUUUUCCUGGUCUAUAUUGCCGAAAAAAAAAGUGGAAAAAUGGCCAUUUUUUGACAAAAACCAUGGGUUAACCCCUUUGGAAAAAUGUCAAUUUUUCGACUUUUUGAACUUCUUGUUUUUAUAAGCUAGAAAGGCGUUUUUUCGUUGUAGAAUUUCAAAAAAGACAUUUUCCUGGCGUAUAUUGCCUGAAAAAAAAAAGUUGGAAAAAUGGCCAUUUUUCGACCAAAACCAUGGGUUAGCCCCUUUCGAAAAAUCUCAAUUUUUCGACUGUUUGAACUUUAUGUUUUUAUAGCCUAGAAAGGCGAUUUUUCGUUCUACAAUAUCAUAAAAGACAUUUUCCUGGCCUAUAUUUCCUAAAAAAAGAAGUUGAAAAAAUGGCCAUUUUUUAUACCAAAACGAUGGGUUAACCCCUUUGGAAAAAUUACAAUUUUUCGACUUUUUUAACUUGUUUUUUUUAUAGCCUAGAAAAGCAUUUUUUCGUUCUAGAAUAUCAUAAAAGACAUUUUCCUGGCCUGUAUUGCCUCCCCCCUCCAAAAAAGUUGGAAAAAUGGCCAUUAUUCGACCAAAACCAUGGAAAAAUGUCAAUUUUGGACUUUUUGAAUUUUAUGUUUUUAUAGCCUAGAGAGGCGAUUUUUCGUUGUAGAAUACCAUAAAAUACAUUUUCCUGGCCUAUAUUGCCUAAAAAAAAAGGUUGAAAAAUGGCCAUUUUUGGACCUAAACCAUGGUUAACCCUUUUGCAAAAAUGUCAAUUUUUCGACUUUUUGAACUUCUUGUUUCUAUAGCCUAGAAAGGCGUUUUUUCGUUGUACAAUAUCAUAAAAGACAUUUUCCUGCCCUAUAUUGCCUAAAAAGAAAACCUGAAAAAAAAGCCAUUUUUGCACAAAAACCAUUGGUUAACUGUUUUGGAAAAACGUCAAUUUUUAGACUUUUUGAAAUUCUUGUUUUUAUAGCCUAGAAAGGCGUUUUUCCGUUGUAGAAUAUCAAAAAAGACAUUUUCCUGGCGUAUAUUGACUAAAAAAGAAAACUUGGAAAAAUGGCCAUUUUUCCACCAAAACCAUGGGUUAGCACCUUUCAGAAAAUGUCAAUUUUUCGACUGUUUGAACUUUAUGUUUUUAUAGCCUAAAAAGGCGAUUUUUCCUUGUGGAAUAUUAUAAAAGACAUUUUCCUGGCCUAUAUUGCCUGAAAAAAAAAAGUUGGAAAAAUGGCCAUUUUUAUACCAAAAUCUCUUGUUAACCCCUUUGGAAAAAAGUCAAUUUUUUGACUUUUUGAACUUUAUGUUUUUAUAGCCUAGCAAGGCGAUUUUUCGUUCUAGAAUAUCAAAAGAGGCGAUUUCCUGGCCUGUAUUGCCCGCCCCCCCAAAAAGUUGGAAAAAUGGCCAUUUUUCCACCAAAACCAUGGACAAAUGUCAAUUUUGGACUUUUUGAAUGUUAUGUUUUUAUAGCGUAGAAAGGCGAUUUUUCGUUGUAGAAUAUCAUAAAAGACAUUUUCCUGGCCUAUAUUGCCUAAAAAAAAAAGUUGGAAAAAUGGCCGUUUUCGGACCUAAACCAUAGUUAACCCUGUUGCAAAAAUGUAACUUUUUCGACUUUUUGAACCUCUUGUUUUUAUAGGCUGGACAAGCGUUUUUGCGUUCUAGAAUAUCAUAAAAGACAUUUUCCUGGGCUACAUUGCCUAAAAAUAUAAAAAAGUUGGAAAAAUGGCCCUUUUUGGACCAAAACCAUGGGUUAACACGUUUAGAAAAAUGUCAAUUUUUCGACUUUUUGAACUUGUUUUUAUAGCCUAGAAGAGCGUUUUUUCGAUCUAGAAUAUCAUAAAAGACAUUUUCCUGGCCUAUAUUGCCCCCCCUCCCCAAAAAAGUUGGAAAAAUGGCCAUUAUUCGACCAAAACCAUGGAAAAAUGUCAAUUUUGGGUUUUUUCAAUUUUAUGUUUUUACAGCCUAGAAAGGCGAUUUUUCGUUGUAGAAUACCAUAAAAUACAUUUUCCUGGCCUAUAUUGCCUAAAAAGAAAAGGUUGAAAAAUGGCCAUUUUUGGACCUAAACCAUGGUUAACCCUUUUGCAAAAAUGUCAGUUUUUUCGACUUUUUGAAGUUCUUGUUUUUAUAGCCUAGAAAAGCGUUUUUGCGUUCUAGAAUAUCAUAAAAGACAUUUUCCUGGCCAAUAUUGCCUAAAAAAAAAACUUAAAAAAAGACCAUUUUUGGAAAAAAACCAUGGGUUAACCUUUUUGGAAAAAUGUCAAUUUUUCGACUUUUUGAACUUCUUCUUCUUGUAGCCUAGAAAGGCAUUUUUUCGUUCUAUAAUAUCAUAAAAGACAUUUUCCUAGGCUAUGCCGCCUUAGAAAAUAAAAGUUGGAAAAAUGGCCAUUUUUGGACCAAAACCAUGGGUUAACCCCUUUGGAAAAAUGUCCAUUUUGAACUUUUUGAACUUUAUGUUUUUAUAGCCUAGAAAGGCGAUUUUUCGUCGUCGAAUAUAAUAAAUGACAUUUUCCUGGUCUAUAUUGCCGAAAAAAAAAAGUAGAAAAAUGGCAUUUUUGGACCGAAAUCAUGGGUUAGCCCCUUUGAAAAAAUGUCAAUUUUUCUACUUUUUCAACUUCUUGUUUUUAUAGGAUAGAAAGGCGUUUUUUCGUUCUAGAAUAUCCUAAAAGACAUUUUACUGGCCUAUAUUGCCUAAAAAAAAAAGUUGGAAAAAUGGCCAUUUUUGGACCAAAAUCAUGGGUUAACCCCUUUGGAAAAAUGUCAGAUUUUCGACUUUUUGAACUUCUUGUUUUUAUAGCCUAGAAAGGCGUUUUUUCGUUCAAGAAUAUCAUAAAAGUUAUUUUCCUGGCCUAUAUUGCCUAAAAAAAAAAAUGGAAAAAUGGCCAUUUUUGUACCAAAAUCACGGGUUAACCCUUUUGGAAAAAUGUCAAUUUUUCCACUUUUUGAACUUUAUGUUUUUAUAGCCUAGAAAAGGGUUUUUUUUUUCUAGAAUAUCAUAAUAGACAUUUUCCUGGCCUAUGUUGCCUAGAAAAAAAAAAGUUGGAACAAUGUCCAUAUUUGACCCGAAACCAUGGGUUAACUGCUUUGGAAAAAUAUCAAUUUUUCGACUUUUUGAACUUCGAGUUUUUAUUGCCUAGAAAGGCGUUUUUUCCUUGAAGAAUAUCAUAAAAGACAUUUUCCUGGGCUAUAUUGCCUAGAAAAAAAGUUGGAAAAAAUUGCCAUUUUUGAACCAAAACCAUGGAAAAAUGUCAAUUUUUCGACUUUUUCGACUUCUUGUUUUUAUAGCCUAGAAAAGCGUUUUUUCGUUCUAGAAUAUCAUAAAAGACAUUUUCCUGGCCUAUAUUGCCUAAAAAAAGAAGUUGGAAAAAUGGCCAUUUUCGGACCUAAACCAUAGUUAACCCUGUUGCAAAAAUGUAAAUUUUUCGACGUUUUAAACCUGUUGUUUUUAUAGCCUAGACAAGCGUUUUUCCGUUCUAGAAUAUCAUAAAAGACAUUUUCCUGGGCUACAUUGCCUAAAAACAAAAAGUUGGAAAAAUUGCCAUUUUUGAACCAAAACCAUGAGAAAAUGUCAAUUUUUCGACUUUUUCGACAUCUUGUUUUUAUAGCCUAGAAAAGCGUUUUUUCGUUCUAGAAUAUCAUAAAAGACAUUUUCCUGGCCUAUAUUGCCUAAAAAAAAAAGUUGGAAAAAUGGCCAUUUUUAUACCAAAAUCUCGGGUUAACCCCUUUGAAAAAAUGUCAAUUUUUCAACUUUUUCAACUUCUUGUUUUUAUAGCCUAGAAAGGCGUUUUUUCGUUCUAGAAUAUCAUAAAAGACAUUUUCCUGGGCUAUAUUGCCUAGAAAAAAAAGUUGGAAAAAUGGCCAUUUUUGAACCAAAACCAUGGGUUAACCCCUUUGGAAAAAUGUUAAUUUUUCGGCUUUUUGAACUCCUUGUUUUUAGAGCCUAGACAAGCGUUUUUUCGUUCUAGAAUAUCAUAAAAGACAUUUUCCUGACCUAUAUCGCCUUAGAAAAUAAAAGUUUGAAAAAUGGCCAUUUUUGGACCAAAACCAUGGGUUAACCCCUUUGGAAAAAAGUGCAUUUUGGACUUUUUGAACUUUAUGUUUUUAUAGCCUAGAAAGGCGAUUUUUCGUUGUAGAAUAUCAUAAAAGACAUUUUCCUGGUCUAUAUUGCCGAAAAAAAAAAAUGGAAAAAUGGCAUUUUUGGACUGAAAUCAUGGGUUAGCCCCUUUGAAAAAAUGUCAAUUUUUCUACUUUUUCAACUUCUUGUUUUUAUAGCAUAGAAAGGCGUUUUUUCGUUCUAGAAUAUCAUAAAAGACAUUUUCCUGGCCUAUAUUGCCUAAAAAAAGAAGUUGGAAAAAUGGCCAUUUUCGGACCUAAAGCAUAGUUAACCCUGUUGCAAAAAUGUAAAUUUUUCGACGUUUUAAACCUGUUGUUUUUAUAGGCUAGACAAGCGUUUUUCCGUUCUAGAAUAUCAUAAAAGACAUUUUCCUGGGCUACAUUGCCUAAAAACAAAAAGUUGGAAAAAUUGCCAUUUUUGAACCAAAACCAUGAAAAAAUGUCAAUUUUUAGACUUUUUCGACAUCUUGUUUUUAUAGCCUAGAAAAGCGUUUUUUCGUUCUAGAAUAUUAUAAAAGACAUUUUCCUGGCCUAUAUUGCCAAAAAAAAAAGGUUGGAAAAAUGGCCAUUUUUAUACCAAAAUCUCGGGUUAACCCCUUUGGAAAAAUGUCAAUUUUUCAACUUUUUGAACUUCUUGUUUUUAUAGCCUAGAAAGGCGUUUUUUUGUUCUAGAAUAUCAUAAAAGACAUUUUCCUGGGCUAUAUUGCCUAGAAAAAAAAGUUGGAAAAAUGGCCAUUUUUGAACCAAAACCAUGGGUUAACCCCUUUGGAAAAAUGUUAAUUUUUCGACUUUUUGAACUCCUUGUUUUUAUAGCCUAGAAAGGCGUUUUUUCGUUCUAGAAUAUCAUAAAAGACAUUUUCCUGACCUAUAUCGCCUUAGAAAAUAAAAGUUGGAAAAAUGGCCAUUUUUGGACCAAAACCAUGGGUUAACCCCUUUGGAAAAAUGUCCAUUUUGGACUUUUUGAACUUUAUGUUUUUAUAGCCUACAAAGGCGAUUUUUCGUUGCAGAAUAUCAUAAAAGAUAUUUUCCUGGUCUAUAUUGCCGAAAAAAAAAAAAUGGAAAAAUGGCAUUUUUGGACUAAAAUACAUCGGUUAACCCCUUUGAAAAAAUGUCAAUUUUUCAACUUUUUUCAACUUCUUGUUUUUAUAGCCUAGAAAGGCGUUUUUUUUGUUCUAGAAUAUCUUAAAAGACAUUUUCCUGGCCAAUAUUGCCUAAAAAAAAAAUUGGAAAAAUGGCCAUUUUUGGACAAAAACCAUGGGUUAACCCCUUUGGAAAAAUGUCAAUUUUUCGACUUUUUGAACUUCUUGUUUUUAUAGCCGAGAAAGGCGUUUUUUCGUUCUAGAAUAUCAUAAAAGACAUUUUCCUGGCCUAUAUUGCCUAAAAAUAAAAGUUGGAAAAAUGGCCAUUUUUAUACCAAAAUCACGGGUUAACCCCUUCGGAAAAAUGUCAAUUUUUCCACUUUAAAACUUUAUGCUUUAAUAGCCUAGAAAAGCGUUGUUUUUGUUCUAGAAGAUCUGAAAAGACAUUUACCUUGCCUAUUUUACCUAAAAAAAAAGUUUGAAAGAUGGCCAUUUUUGGACCAAAACCAUGGGUUAACCCCUUUGGAAAAAUGUCAAUUUUUCGAGUUUUUGAACUUCUUGUUUUUAUUGCCUAGAAAGGCGUUUUUUCGUUCUAGAAUAUCAUAAAAGUCAUUUUCCUGGGCUAUAUUGCCUAGAAAAAAAAAGUUGGAAAAAUGGCCAUUUUUGAACAAAACCAUGGAUUAACCCCUUUGGAAAAAUGUCAAUUUUUCGACUUUUUAAACUUCUUGUCUUUUUAGCCUAGAAAAGCGUUUUUUUGUUCUAGAAUAUCAUAAAAGACAUUUUCCUGGCCUAUAUUGCCAAAAACAAAAAGUUGGAAAAAUGGCCAUUUUCGGACCAAACCAUAGUUAACCCUUUUGCAAAAAUGUAAAUUUUUCGACGUUUUAAACGUCUUUUUUUUAUAGCCUAGACAAGCGUUUUUCCGUUCUAGAAUAUCAUAAAAGACAUUUUCCUGGGCUACAUUGCCUAAAAACAAAAAGUUGGAAAAAUUGCCAUUUUUGAACCAAAACCAUGAAAAAAUGUCAAUUUUUCGACUUUUUCGACUUCUUGUUUUUAUAGCCUAGAAAAGCGUUUUUUCGUUCUAGAAUAUCAUAAAAGACAUUUUCCUGGCCUAUAUUGCCUAAAAAGGAAAAGUUGGAAAAAUGGCCAGGUUGGACCAAAACCAUGGGGUAACCCGUUUGGAAAAAUGUCAAUUUUUGGACUUUUUUAAACUUCUUGUUUUUAUAGCCUAGAAAGGCGUUUUUUCGUGGUAGAAUAUCAUAAAAGACAUUUUCCUGGCCUAUAUUGCCUAAAAAAAAAAAUGGAAAAAUGGCAUUGUUGUACCGAAACCAUGGGUUAACCCCUUUGGAAAAAUGUCCAUUUUGGACUUUUUGAACUUUAUGUUUUUAUAGCCUACAAAGGCGAUUUUUCGUUGUAGAAUAUCAUAAAAGACAUUUUCCUGGUCUAUAUUGCCGAAAAAAAAAAAAAUGGAAAAAUGGCAUUUUUGGACCGAAAUCAUGGGUUAGCCCCUUUGAAAAAAUGUCAAUUUUACUACUUUUUCAACUUCUUGUUUUUAUAGCAUAGAAAGGCGUUUUUUCGUUCUAGAAUAUCCUAAAAGACAUUAUACUGGCCUGUAUUGCCUAAAAAAAAAAGUUGGAAAAAUGGCCAUUUUUGGACCAAAAUCAUGGGUUAACCCUCUUGUUUUUAUAGCCUAGAAAAGCGUUUUUUCGUUCUAGAAUAUCAUAAAAGACAUUAUACUGGCCUAUAUUGCCUAAAAAAAAGAAAAGGAAAAAUGGCCAUUUUUGUACCAAAAUCACGGGUUAACCCUCUUGUUUUUAUAGCCUAGAAAAGCGUUUUUUCGUUCUAGAAUAUCAUAAAAGACAUUAUACUGGCCUAUAUUGCCUAAAAAAAAAAGUUGGAAAAAUGGCCAGUUUGGACCAAAACCAUGGGGUAACCCGUUUGGAAAAAUGUCAAUUUUUGGACUUUUUUAAACUUCUUGUUUUUAUAGCCUAGAAAGGUGUUUUUUCGUUGUAGAAUAUAAUAAAAGACAUUUUCCUGGCCUAUAUUGCCUAAAAAAAAAAAAAAAAUGGAAAAAUGGCAUUGUUGGACCGAAAUCAUGGGUUAACCCCUUUGGAAAAAUGUCCAUUUUGGACUUUUUGAACUUUAUGUUUUUAUAGCCUAAAAAGACUUUUUCCUGGCCUAGGUUGCCUAGAAAAAAAAAGUUGGAACAAUGGCCAUUUUUGACCCGAAACCAUGGGUUAACUGCUUUGGAAAAAUGUCAAUUUUUCGACUUUUUGAACUUCUUGUUUUUAUAGCCUAGAAAGGCGCUUUUUCGUUGUAGAAUAUCAUAAAAUACAUUUUCCUUGCCUAUGUUGCCUAAAAAAAAAACUUUAGAAAAAGGCCAUUUUUUGACAAAAACCAUGGGUUAACCUUUUUGGAAAAAUGUCAAUUUUUCGACUGUUUGAACUUCUUGUUUUUAUAGCCUAGAAAGGCGUUGUUUCCUUGUAGAAUAUCAAAAAAGACAUUUUCCUGGCGUAUAUUGGCUAAAAAAAAAAGUUGGAAAAAUGGUCAUUUUUGAAUCAAAACCAUGCGUUAACCCCUUUCAAAAAAUGGCAAUUUUUCGACUUUUUGAACUUCUUGUUUUUAUAGCCUAGAAAGGCGUUUUUCGUUCUAGAAUAUCAUAAAAGACAUGUUCCUGGCCUAUAUUGCCUAAAAAAAAGAAGUUGGAAAAAUGGCCAUUUUUCCACCAAAACCAUGGGUUAACCCCUUUGGAAAAAUGUCCAUUUUCGACUUUUUAAACCUUAUGUUUUUAUAGCCUAGAAAGGCGAUUUUUCGUUGUAGAAUAUCAUAAAAGACAUUUCCCUGGCCUAUAUUGCCUAAAAAAAAAAGUUGGAAAAAUGGCCAUUUUUAUACCAAAAUCUCGGGCUAACCCUUUUGGAAAAAUGUCAAUUUUUCGACUUUUUGAACUCCUUGUUUUUAUAGCAUAGUAAGGCGUUUUUUCGUUCUAGAAUAUCAUAAAAGACAUUUUCCUGGCCUAUAUUGCCUUAAAAAAGAAAAGUUGGAAAAAUGGUCAUUUUUCGACCAAAACCAUGGGUUAACCCCUCUUAAAAAAUGGCAAUGUUUCGACUUUUUGAACUUCUUGUUUUUAUAGCCUAGACAGGCGUUUUUUCGUUGUAGAAUAUCAUAAAACACAUUUUCCUGGCCUAUAUUGCCUAAAAGAAAAACUUUAAAAAAUGGCAAUUUUUGGACCAAAACCAUGGGUUGACCCCGUUGGAAAAAUGUUAAUUUUUCGACUUUUUGAACUCCUUGUUUUUAUAGCAUAGUAAGGCGUUUUUUCGUUCUAGAAUAUCAUAAAAGACAUUUUCCUGGCCUAUAUUGCCUUAAAAAAGAAAAGUUGGAAAAAUGGUCAUUUUUCGACCAAAACCAUGGGUUAACCCCUCUGAAAAAAUGUCAAUUUUUCGACUUGUUGAACUUCAUGUUUUUAUAGCCUAGAAAGUCGUUUUUUCGUGCUAGAAUAUCAUUAAAGACAUUUUCCAGCGGUGUAUUGGCUAGAAAGAAAAGUUGGAAAAAGGGCCAUUUUUGGACCUAAACCAUGGGUUAACCCUUUUGCAAAAAUGUCAAUUUUUGGACUUUUUGAACUUCUUGUUUUUAUAGCCUAGAAAAGCGUUUUUGCGUUCUAGAAUGUCAUAAAAGACAUUUUCCUGGCCUAUAUUGCCUAAAAAAAAAAAGUUGGAAAAAUGGCCAUUUUUGGACUAAAACCAUGGGUUAACACCUUUAGAAAAAUGUCAAUUUUUCGACUUUUUGAACUUCUUGUUUCUAUAGCCUAGAAAGGCGUUUUUUCGUUCUAGAAUAUCAUAAAAGACAUUUUCCUGGCCUAUAUUGCCUAAAAAAAAAAAAGUUGGAAAAAUGGCCAUUUUUCCACCAAAACCAUGGGUUAACCCCUUUGGAAAAAUGUCCAUUUUCGACUUUUUAAACCUUAUGUUUUUAUGGCCUAGAAAAGCGUUUUUUCGUUGUAGAAUAUCAUAAAAGACAUUUUCCUGGCCUAUAUUGCCUAAAAAAAAAAGUUGGAAAAAUGGCCACUUUUAUACCAAAAUCACGGGUUAACCACUUUGGAAAAAUGUCAAUGUUUCGACUUUUUGAACCUCUUGUUUUUACUGCCUAGAAAGGCGUUUUUUCGUUCUAGAAUAUGAUAAAAGACUUUUUGCUGGGCUAUAUUGCCUAAAAAAAAAAAUUUGGAAAAACGGCCAUUUUUGGACCAACACCAUCAGUUAACCCCUUUGGAAAAAUACAAAUUUUUCGACUUUUUAAACUUCCUGUCUUUAUAGCCUAGAAAAGCGUUUUUUCGUUUUAGAAUAUCAUAAAAGACAUUUUCCUGGCCUAUAUUGCAAAAAUAAUAGUUGGAAAAUUGGCCAUUUUUGGACCAAAACCAUGGGUUAACCCCUUUGGAAAAAUGUCAAGUUUUCGACUUUGUGAACUUUACGUUUUUAUAGCUUUGAAAGGCUUUUUUUCGUUCUAGAAUAUCAUAAAAGACAUUUUCCUGAUUUAUAUUGCCGAAAAAAAAAAAUUUAAAAAAGGCCAUUUUUGUACCGAAAUCAUGGGUUAACCCCUUUGGAAAAAUGUCAAGUUUUCCACUUUUUGAACUUUAUGUUUUUAUAGCCUAGAAAGGCGUUUUUUUCCUUCUAGAAUAUCAUAAAAGCAAUUUUUCUGGCCUAUAGUGCCUAAAAAAAAAGGUUGGAAAAAUGGCCAUUUUUAUACCAAAAUCACGGGUUAACGCCUUUGAAAAAAUGUCAAGUUUUCCACUUUUAAAUUUUAUGUUUUUAUAGCCUAGAAAGGCUUUUUUUUCGUUGUCGAAUAUCAGAAAAGACAUUUUCCUUGCCUUUUUUGCCUAAAAGAAUUGUUUGAAAAAUAGCCAUUUUUGGUCCAAAACCAUGGGUUGACCCCUUUGGAAAAAUGUCAAUUUUUCGUUUUUGUGAACUUUAUGUUUUUAUAGCCUAGAAAGCGAUUUGUCGUUCUAGAAUAUAAUAAAAGACAUUUUCCUGGCCUAUAUUGCCUAAAAAAGAAAGUUGGAAAAAACACAUUUUUAUACCAAAAUCAUGGGUUAACCCCUUUGGAAAAAUGUCAAUUUUCGACUUUUAGAACUUUAUGCUUUUAUAGCCUAGAAAGGCAUUUUUUCGUUCUAGAAUAUCAUAAGAGACAUUUUCCUGGCCUAUAUUGCCUAAAAAAAAAAUUUGGAAAAAUGGCCAUUAUUGGACAAAAACCAUGGGUUAACCUUUUUGGAAAAAUGUCAAUUUGACUUUUUGAACUUUAUGUUUUUAUAGCCUAGCAAGGCGAUUUUUCGUUCUAGAAUAUCAUAAAAGACGUUUUCCUGGCCUAUACUGCCUAAAAAAAAAACUUAAAAAAAAUGGCCAUUUUUGGACCAAAACCAUGGGUGAACCCCUUUGGAAAAACGUUUAUUUUCGGACUUUUCUGACUUCUUCUUUUUAUAGCCUAAAAAGGCGUUUUUUCGUUCUAGAAUAUCAGAAAGGACAUUUUCCCGGCCUAUUUUGCCUAAAAAAAAAGUUUGAAAAAUGGCCAUUUUUGGACCAAAACCAUGGGUUAACCCCUUUGGAGAAAUGUCAAUUUUUCGACUUUUUGAACUUCUUGUUUUUAUAGCCUAGAAAGGCGUUUUUUCGUUGUAGAAUAUCAUAAAAGACAUUUUCCUGGCCUAUAUUGCCUAAAAAAAAAAGUUGGAAAAAUGGCCAUUUUUGAACCAAAACCAAAACCAUGGGUUUGAAAAAAAACGUUUUUAGAAAAAUGUCUUAUUUUUCGCCUAGAAAGGGAGUUUUUGUUUUUAUAGAAUAUCGUAAAAGACAUUUUUUUUCGUUCUAGAAAAAAAGAAAUAAAAAAAUUUUCAUGGCCUUUAUUGCCAAAAAAAAGUUGGUAAAAUGGUCAUUUUUAGACCAAAACCAUGGGUUAACCCGUUUUCAAAAAUAUCAAUUUUUUAACUUUUUUAACUUUUUGUUUUUACAGUCUACAAAGGCGUUUCUGCGGUCUAGGAUAUCGUAAAAAACAUUUUCCUGGCCUAUAUUGGCUAAAAAAAAAAGUCUGAAAAUUGGCCAUUUUUGGACCAAAACCAUAGGUUAACCCCUUUAAAAAAAAUAUCAAUUUUUCGACUUUUUGAAGUUCUUGUUUUUAUAGCGUAGAAAGGCGUUUUUUCGUUGUAGAAUAUCGUAAAAGACAUUUUGGUUUGAAAAAUAUUAAACCUCUUUUUUUAUAGCGUAGAAAGGCGUUUUUUCGUUCUAGAAUAUCGUAAAAGACAUUUUUUUGGCCUUUAUUGCCUAAAAAAAAAAGUUGGAAAAUUGGCCAUUUUUAUUCCAAAACCUUUGGAAAAAUGUUAAUUUUUUGACUUUUUGAACUUCUUGUUUUUAUAGCCUAGAAAGGCGCUGUUUAGUUCUAGAAUUUGGUAAAAGACUUUUUCCUGGCCUAUAUUGCCUAAAAAUAAAAAGGUGGAAUAAUGGCCGUUUUUCGACCAAAACCAUUGGUUAACCCCUUUGGAAAAAUGUCAUUUUUUCGACUUUUUGAAGUUCUUGUUUUUAUAGCUUAGAAAGGUGUUUUUUCGUUCUUGAAUAUCGUAAAAGAGAUUUUGCUGGCCUAUGAUGCCUAAAAUAAAAAAGUUGGAAAAAUGGCCAUUUUUGGAGCAAAACCAUGGGUUAACCCUUUGGAAAAAUGGCCAUUUUUCGAUGUUUUGAAUUUCUUGUUUUUAUAGCCUAGAAAGGCGUUUUUUCGUUGUAAAAUAUAGUAAAAGACAUUUUCUUGGCCUAUAUUGCCUAAAAAAGAAAGCAGGAAAAAUGGCCAUUUUUGGACCAAAACCAUGGGUUAACGUCUUUGGAAAAAUGUCAAUUUUUCGACUUUUUGAAUUUUUUUUGUUUUUAUAGCCUAGAAAGGCGUGUUUUCGUUGUAAAAUAUCGUAAAAGACAUUUUCCUGGCCUAUAUUGCCUGAAAAAAGAAAGUAGGAAAAAUUGCCAUUUUGGACCAAAACCAUGGGUUAACGUCUUCGGAAAAAUGUCAAUUUUUCGACUUUUUGAACUUUUUGUUUUUUAUAGCCUAGAAAGGUGUGUUUUCGUUCUUGAAUAUCGUAAAAGACAUUUUCCCGGCCUAUGUUGCCUAAAAAAAAGUUGGAAAAAUGGCCAUUUUUGGACGAAAACCAUGUGUUAACCCCUCUGGGAAAAUGUUAAUUUUUUCACUUUUUUAAUUUGUGGUCUUUAUAGGGUAGAAAGGCGUUUUUUUUUCUAGAAUAUCGUAAAAGACCUUUUCCUGGCCUAUAUUUCCUAAAAAAAAAGUUGGAAAAAUGGCCAUUGAUCCAUUUUCCAUUAAAACAAAGAAUGGAAAAAUCUGCACUUUUUGACAAAAACCAUGGAAAAAUGUAAAUUUUUGGGUAUUUUUUAAAUGGAUGAUUUCAUAGUCUCAAUAGGCUUCGUUUCUGUCUAGAAUUGUACCAAACACUUUUUUUCAUGCAUUUUGCAUAAAAUAGGCUUGUACUUUUAUUAGAACCUUAGCGAACUUUUUUUUAUCCAUUUUGCGUACCGUGUCAAAACAGGAGAAGAAAAAAUUUUCGCUUUUUGACAAAAACUAUGGACCUUUGAAAAAAUGCAAAUUUGGGGGCUUUGUAAUCGAUCUUUUUAAAGUCUAAGAAGACUUCUUUUUGUUUUUCUGGAACUUCAACAAACUGUUUUUGUUGACCAUUUCGAAGUAAAACAGAGGAUUGAGAAAUCUGCAUUUUUUGGCAAAAACCAUGGGAAAAAUGUAAAUUUUGAGCAUUUGUUAAAUGUUUUUUUUUAGUCCAAGACGUCUUGUCUUUCUAGAUUUUCACCAAACGCUUUUUCUUUAUAAUUUGUUUUUUAAUAGAAAAGAAUGAAAAAUUUCAUUUUUUGACAAAAACCUUAGACUAACCCAUUUGGAAAAAUUGACAUUUUUUUGCCCUUUAUAAAUCUUUGUUUUUAUAGUCUAAAUAGACUUCUUUUCUAUUUAGAACUUCACCAAACACUUUUUCUUGAACCAUUGCGCCUUAAAGCAAAGGACUGCAAAGCUGAUUUAAAACAACGUGUAUUGUGCAUAUAGUCAUGCAUAUUGUGCAUUGUGUAUUGUGCAUAGUAUUGUGCAUUGUGCAUAGUCUAAAUAGGGUUCUUUUCUUUCUAGAACUUCACCAAACACUUUUUCUUAAUCCAUUUCGCCUCAAAACAGAUAAAUGGAAAUUUUCAUGUUUUUGACAAAAACCAAGGAUUUACACCUCUUUGGAAAAAUGCAAAUUUUAUGCAUUUUUUAAAUGGAUGUUUUUAUAGUCUAAAUAAGCUUUUUUUCUGUCUAGAACUUCAUCAAACACUUUUUCUUCAUCCAUUUUUCAUUAAAAGAAAAGAAUGAAAAAGUUUAAAGUUUUGACAAAAAUCUUGGACUAACCCCUUAGGGAGAAUGGAAAUUUUGGGCGUUCUUUUUAAACCCAUGUUGUUAUAGUCUCAAUAGGCUUCUUUUGUUUCUAGAAUUUCACCAAACACUUUUUCUUGAUCCAUUUCGUCUCAAAACAAUAAAAUGAAAAAUUUUAAUUUUUUGACAAAAACCAUGGACUAACCACUUCGCAAAAUUGCAAAUUUUGGGGUUUUUUAAAUCGACGGUUUUAUAGUCUUAGUCUUUUAUAGUCUUAUAGGCUUCUUUUCUUUCCAGAACCUCAUCAAACACUUUUUCUUGAACCUUUUUGCGUUAAAAAAAUUAUUGUUGAAGAUUUGCAAAUUUAAGCAAAUUUUUCCAGCGAUCUGUUUGUAGUACAUAAAGGUUUGUUUUCUAUCUACAACAUCUCCAACACUUAAUUCUAGAUGUGCAAAAACAAUGAACUAACCCCUUUGGGAGAAUGCAAAAUUUGGGUACCCUUAAAAAUGGAUGUCUUUUUAGCCUUAAAGGGCUUUUUUGCAUGGACUAAUUCCUUUGAAAAAAAGCAAUUAAUAAUUUGAGUACUUUUAAAAUUAUGUCUUUAAACUCUCAAAAGGCUUCUUUUCUUUCAAGAUCUUCACAAAACAAUUUUUUCUUGAUCUAUUUUUCUCAAAAAAAAAGAAAGAUCGAAAAAUAUCAAUUUUUGACAAAAACCGUGGACUAACCCCUUUGAAACAAUACAGUCUAAAAAAGAUUCUUUUCUAUCUAGAAUUUAACCAAACAAGUUUUUUUUUUAUUUAUUUUGCAUCAAAACAAAAGAUAGAAAAAUCUCAAUAUUCUGACAAAACAGCCUCGGCCAGUCGAGUGACUGGUGACGAAGAGCAAGGGACCAUGGAAAGCGUAAAGAAGGGAGGCGAAGUGCCUUCCAGAUCUUGUGCCGUUUUCUUGGCACGGCGCUAUUUUUAAGUCUUGGAAGCACUCAAUUUUAGUAGCAUAUUGUUGUACAGAUUUCAACUUAGAUUAUUUCUAGGCUUAAUUUGCAAAAAUGAAAAUGGGGACAUUAUUUCCAAGUUUCGACCCCAAAUCAUUGGUUAACGCCUUUGAGAAAACUCGAAUUUUGCGUAUUGGUUCAAGAUACAAUUUUAGUUUUUUUCAGUCUAGAAAGCCUCUUUUCUAUCCAGAAUAUCAACUAACAGUAGUUCUAGGCUUAUUUCCCCCCAAAAAACAAAGGUAAGCAGCAUUAUAGAAUAAUCAUUGGGCCGUUCUUUUGUCAUUCAGGUGAGGCAAUCCGGUGCAACUACUGCGAAAGCUAUGUUUCAUUUGAGGAUUGUGAUAAACGUUUGAAACAUGUCGAGUGUGCGAAGGAAUUUGGCUUGGAUCAUUGCAUGAAGACGCAUAUCAAAGCUUCUAACAGGACUGACGAAAAAUUCAAACGAGGGUGCCAGUCUGCACGUAAGUGCAAUAAGCCACCAUGCAAGGCUCCUGGUGACGACAAAUGUGACGUCUUCUGUUGUACAGAAGACAACUGUAAUAAAUCGUCCAUAACAGUUGACAGCGGUGCCACGCUUUUUAUAUGCGCAAUGCUGGCGACUAUUUUGAUAAGGCUAACAGAGUGAAGAUAUCAGUUAAAACGCAGUAUUAUCUAUAUUCCGUAGAUUUUAAUAGAGUAAAAAGGUAAAGGGUAGUUAUCAGCCUCUGAUCUUUAUUAUGACCUAAAAAUAGCGUUUCGGUCGUUGAUUGCGAUAUUUGUGAACACAAUAGACUGUUAUCACUCAGCUGUUUAUUAUCAUUCUGCAGUACCCUGGAAAAGCGAGCAAACGUACUUCUUAAAAAAUGGCUAACAUCACCAAUUAUUUAUCAAUACGUGAGUACUGAAAGAUAAAAGAAAAAGAAAAGUGUGGAGAUGUUGGCAUGCUUUUGCUCGUCGGCUCAUUCAAAAAUUUGUGUGGGUUCUUCCUUAUCACCCAUUCGCAUG